AUGGCCGACGCCGCGCGUCCAGGCAAAGAAACAUUUCACCAAACCCUCCAAACCAGCCUCAACACAUGGGCUUCCUACCUCCCCACAACUCCCCAAACCCACCAACUCCCCCGACAAGCUAUUGACCUGGAGUCUCUCGCGCAUCAAACCCCAACUUCUUCUACUUCCGCUGACAGCUGUGCCCUCCCGCCGAGGAUCUUAUCCAAGCAGUCUAUUCUAAACGUUAACAGGAAAGUAAGCGUUGAAUUGUUAGAAGACGCCCCGUUUGCGAACUGGCCGGGGGUGGAAGGGCUUGAAGGCUACGAUUGGGGGAAUUACCUGGUUGUGCUUUAUCUCGCGUGGGCUUAUGUCUUGUCUGCAAGGUGGGUUGAGGUUCUUGGCUGCUCUACGGAUCAUGAGUUUCGGAUGAAAUAUGUGGUGCAGGAGGGGUCGCCGAGUGAGCAACGACCAAUGUCUAUGGUUGAAGUUGAUGUCGGUGACGAUGCAGACGAGGAAGAAAUCACCUGGUGGCGCGCUGUUCUGUCUAAGGAUGCAGGGUUGGGCUUGAUCCAGACACAGACGACGAAGGAGUUCAAGUCACACUCGAACCCACACCCACCUGGCUCAGCAACGGCUCUCAAAUAUCUCUUUCGCUUCUGUGUGUAUCAUCGCCUGUACGCGCAGUGCUCUGUCGCGCUAGCCGGGGCAAUCUAUAUCCCGUCUCUGGGGGGACGAACUGCUUACCUUCCGUUUCCUAAACACGUUCUCCCGCCAGAGAUCAAGGAGGAUGAUGGUGACGCUAUUCCAAACCUUCUUAACCGACACGGCGAGCUACUCCCCCAGUACAUGACACUGAGUUUCAAUGUCUGGGGACUUCGCUCCAUCCUACACAGCACGUUCUUCAAUGCUGACAUCGAGUGUAAUCUUGUCAGCGCGUGGCUGAAUCCGGCUUUUGCCGUUAUUGAUUCAAUCUCUUCAAGGGAAGAUUCAAAAUCUUCCCAAGAAGUUGCAUUAGCCAUCCUAUUGACAAACCGACAUCACCGCAUCGGCAUCCUCUGGCUCGGUGCGAUCUUCACAGAUCUGGCAAGAUCUGUCCUGCGCGAUGUGAAGGCUGGAAUGACAGCGGUGGAUCUUCCGGCUUCUGCUUGGGUUGGGGAAGCGCAGACGUUUUUGACUGCAAAGGUUGGGGCUAGCACUGGAGACUCAAUAUCGAUUCCCCGCGAUGACGAGUGUAGGCUGCUCUUCCUAACAGGCUCCGAAGGCCACGACUGGCCUCCCGUCUGGACCUGGAAGCCGUUUGGCACUACGGAACUCUGCGAUACGGAACUUAUGGUUCGAAAACAUGCCCGGUGUGCUUCCCACGGUCUGGAAUAUGAAUCUUGGGAAUGGUUGACCAACAAAGAUGAUAAUGAUAAUAAUAGUCUAAUCCACCGGGUAGAAAAGAAUCCUAACAGAGCCCAGAACCGAGCAGCAUGGCCAAUAUCCCAAGACAAACCACCACCACCAGCCACGCUCGACGACUAUCAACACUCUGACCUCUUCUCACAAUCCCUCUCCGGAUCGGCCACACGUGGGAUAUUCAGCUGGCUGCGCUCAACAGGUUACCCACUCAGCGAAAGGCCCAUAUACCAGCACUCCUGGAUAGAUCUAGAAGACACCGACGAAGAAGAGCCUGAGCCUGAUGACGCUGAUUCAAACGUGGACGCCCAGCAGAGUACAAAGAAGGUGCAUGUGCAUGUUGGGGAUUGGCUUGAGGGGGUUGAAUAGCAUAGCGCUUUGCAUGAUUCAGCGCGUGCGAUUGAUGUACUCUUGAAAGCAAAUCCAUUCA